UAUUUGUCUAGAUGGUUUGGUUUAAUUGUUUUUUGCUGCUUAUAUUAUGUUGGUUUUAUCAAUAAACUACAGAAAGUGGCUUAAGAUUGCAUACAUGGUACUCAUGUAAAUAGAAUAGACUGUUUCUCCUUUGACACUCUUUGGUCUCCCACUGCAUUACUAGCUGCACAAGUUCAAAUUACAGUUUAUUUAAUUAGAAUCUAGCAUUUAUGCAUUAAGUUUUAAGUACAAGUCUAGCACUUUCACAUUCAAAGUAUACCAACACCUAAGGAAUUGUCAAAAUUUGGGAUUGCAUCUAUUUUUAUAAUUUUGGACUCAAUGGUUAAUAUGCCUAUAACUGUAGUUGAGAAUCACAUUCUACAUACUGGGGCAUGAGAGGAUUUUUCAGAUCUGUUUGCAUGGAUUUCUUGUGUGUAUUAAAUAUAUGCGUGGUCAUUACAUAUUAUGUAUUUCAUUAUGUGGGUUGUCUACCUGUACAGUGUAGUAUGAUAAUAUACAAAUUCAUAUCCAUGUCACUGCCUUUGAAUGUGGUUUCAUAUUGCGUUCUGUUCAAAGAUCUGCAUGUAAUGUGAAUCUGUUUUUGAUUUGAAUGUAUUGGAGACUCUAGACCUUUAUGUAUUUGAUGAUUGGUAACGAGUGUACUGGCCAUCUAUUUAUAUGUUUUGAAAUGGUGUAUUGAUUAGGUUGUGGUUAUUCUUUGUGUGUUUGGCAGAAAUUGAUCCAGAAGCAUGAGGGAGAAGGAGAAGGUGACUCUGAUUUGGCUUCCCAGGUUCGGCGACUGACAGAGCAAAUGCGUCAUAUGGCCCAAAAUAGUCGCACAGUUAUUGUCAAUGGGAAUUCUGAGCAGUUUGGCUUAUCAUCUCUGGUGGUGCCUGCUGCAGCUGUGGGUGCAUUGGGAUAUGGAUACAUGUGGUGGAAGGGCAUUUCAUUCUCGGACCUUAUGUACGUGACAAAGCGUGGCAUGGCGACUGCUGUAGAAAACUUGACUAAGCAUCUUGAGCAUGUCUCAGAUGCUCUUGCUGCCACUAAAAGGCACUUGACUCAGAGGAUUGAAAACUUGGAUGGCAAACUAGAUGAGCAAAUGGAGAUCUCAAAAUUGAUCCGAUCUGAUGUCACUGAUGUGCGCGGUGAUCUUUCACAAAUCAACUGUGACUUGGAUGAAUUGCACAGGAUGGUCACUGGUUUGGAUGACAAACUUCUCACGUUGGAAGCUAAGCAGGAGCUUGCAAAUACUGGAGUCUUGUACUUGUGUAGCGUUGUCAAUGGAAAGCGUGAAAAAAUGCCCGAGAAACUUCAGGAACAACUUAAAGUUGUUGGCAGCUCCGUUCCUAGUCUCAUGGGUCUCAAGGAAUUGGACGCGCUGGGAUCUGGAAUUGGCAAUAACAGAUUAAUAACUGAUAAAAAUGAAAAAGUGAGUGACCUGAAGUCUAGAAGCUUGACAAGGAUGCGCUCGAUAGCAUGUUGAUGGGAACCAUAUUUAAGCCUUCAUGCAGAAACACUUCGGACCCUUUGUGUUCUGACCAUAGGAGGGAGUUAAAUAAACGACACUGUAAUGUAUUUUGCAUAUGUUUAUUUAAGUACCAAGCGGGCAGUUGCAUAUCCAUGGAGCUCUAACACUUUUGUUUAUAAGAAAGUUGUUCAUACGAAGCGUUUGUCUCCUGUAUUGGAAGGGCUAGACUUUUGCCACUUAUGACACAUAUUUUUGUGGUUAAAGAUCUCAUUCAGUUUUCGCAACUUUCCUCUGAUAUCAUAAACACUUAUUUUUCCCGCACAAUCUGAAGUUGGAGAGCAAAACACUUUUGACCGUUC